GAAAGGAAGACCAUAAGGGUUAAGAUAGUAGAUGAGGAGGAAUACGAAAGGCAGGAGAAUUUCUUCAUUGUCCUUGGUGAACCGCAAUGGAUGGAACGAGGAAUAUCAGCCCUACUGCUCACACAAGAGGUGGCUGAGAGGAAGAUGACAGUUGAAGAGGAGGAAGCCAAGAGAAUUGCAGAGAUGGGCAAACCAAUACUCGGAGAGCACCCCAAACUGGAAGUCAUCAUUGAGGAAUCCUAUGAGUUCAAGAGCACCGUGGACAAGCUGAUUAGGAAGACAAACCUGGCUUUGGUUGUAGGGACACAUUCCUGGAGGGACCAGUUCAUGGAGGCCAUUACUGUGAGCGCAGCAGGUGAUGAGGAUGAGGACGAGUCUGGUGAGGAGCGCCUGCCAUCCUGCUUUGACUACGUGAUGCACUUCCUGACAGUCUUCUGGAAGGUGCUGUUUGCCUGCGUGCCCCCCACCGAGUACUGCAAUGGCUGGGCCUGCUUCGUCGUCUCCAUCCUCAUCAUCGGCAUGCUCACGGCCGUCAUCGGCGACCUCGCCUCCCACUUCGGCUGCACCAUUGGCCUCAAGGACUCGGUGACUGCUGUCGUCUUCGUCGCCUUCGGCACUUCUGUGCCAGACACCUUUGCCAGCAAAGCCGCAGCCAUCCAGGACAUGUACGCUGAUGCCUCCAUCACCAACGUCACAGGCAGCAACGCUGUCAACGUCUUCCUGGGCAUCGGGCUGGCGUGGUCAGUGGCAGCGAUCUACUGGGCGUCGCAGGGGCAGGAGUUCCAGGUGUCAGCAGGCACCCUGGCAUUCUCUGUCACCCUCUUCACCAUCUUCGCCUUCAUCUGCAUCAGCGUCCUCCUCUACCGCCGGCGACCCCACCUUGGGGGGGAGCUGGGCGGCCCCCGAGGGUGCAAAGUGGCCACGACAUUGCUCUUUGUCAGCCUCUGGCUGCUCUACAUCCUCUUCGCCACCCUGGAGGCCUAUUGCUACAUCAAGGGGUUUUAGGCGGUGGAGGGAUGGUGCUGCCAGGGGAGGGACCCCCUCCUCUGUUACCUCACCGGACACCAGUCCUGGAAGCGCAGUUUCACUGAAGAGUACGGCUGUCUGUCAGGGGCUGCCGCUGCCCAGACGGUCGGACAGCUGCGUGCCAAUAAGGGCAAAACCAUCACAGAGUGAAAAAAACAAAAGAGACAAAACCCAUCCAAAAAUGGUACAAAAGAAAGCAACAAUGGCAAGUGUUGAAAUAAAACACAAUAAACCCAGGCACUGACCCUAUUCAAUGAAAUUAUGAAGUUUCAAUCAUCUCCAAAGGCCACCUCUCCCAUAGGGGGUCAUCUCCUUUCCUGCCGAGCACCCCUCCACUGUAAGGAGAUGUUUCCUCAUUUUUACUAGUUGAGAGAAGUCUGGUUCAGGAAUUUGUGGGGGUUUUUUUCUUUUUUUUUUUUCCGUUUGCUCGUUGCUUUUUGGUUCUGGGAGAGCGCGCUGAUUCUUUUUUCUUUUUUUUCUUCUUUUUUACUACUUAAUCUGAAAAAUGUUUAAAAGUUAAACUCAAAGCUUCAAGCUGCCGUCAGUGCUGGAACUGAAUAUGUGUAUUUCUGAAGCCACAAAAGACUGUGAUACAGUCAAAAAACUUUUUCACUAUUACCCGUUUCCUCCCCUGCCGCCUUCCAUUUCUUUCUUUUUUAAGAACAUCACAAGACUGAUAUAUUUUUAAUACAAACACAGACACACAGUCACACACAUUUAGUGACAAAAGCUGGAGCAUGUAGCAUCUCAAUCACCUGCCUGGGCUAAGAAAAAAGGAAGGAAAAAAAGCCCCGACCCUCUAAUACAAUACGUGUCAUGUAUAUUUUGACUAUGGCAUUUCUCUUUGUAUCAUUAACUUUGAGCUCGUGGUACUGCAGGGAGAGAAAAUUAUGUUAAUUUACAACUGUUAAAGAAAUAAAACAUCCUGCCCUGGGGGGAGCAAGGGGGACAGGGAAAACAGCACCGGCUCCUUGGGAUGGCAGUGGUGGCAGGUUUGCUGCGUGAUCCUCCUGCUCAGAGGUGGAAAUGAAUUCAGGAGAACCUGGAUAGUGUGCCCAUAUUUUCCCCAGCACCAUUCCACCCAGAGCUGUGGCGUGGCUGCCCUUCCAUUCCGUUGCUACUCCAUUUUUCACAGCACCUGCACCUCGCUGGUGGUCUCCAGGCCAUUGACAGGUACAGGCUUAAAAACUGCCACCCACGUCAGGACUCCUACAUCAUCUCAAGUACCUUUUAGAACACCAGACAGACAAAAAAGCAUCAUUUUAAUUUGAAAUGUAUUUCUUUUUAAGGAUAAAGAAGAAAAAACCCACCACCAUGAGAGUAUGUCAUGAGUUACAUCAACAGCUGCAAAUUGAAAUGUUGGGUUGGUAAUAAAAUAAAUAAAAACUAUACCUAUAUCUAUAUAAACAGUGCUAUCUAGAAACAUAUUUCUUAAUUGAGAGCCCUGUUAGAGAAUGUUAAAAUCCUACUCUUUGUAAAGUGCUUUUGAGAUGAAGAGAAUUUCUUCUAUCAUGAAACAGGUGCUGUAAAAGGAAACCAUCUUCAUCAAGUUCCCUAAAAUAAGCCAGACUUUGGGAGGCAGCAAGUAAAAGAGGGGCUUCCAAAAGGUACAGUUCUGCCUGCUGCAGUGCUUUUGGCUGCCCCAGGAGGCAGGAAGGAGGUACCCAGGGACUAGGGAAAGACCAAUGGGAGCAAGAUUGUCAUGGACAAAAAGAUGUAACAUUGUAGCAGGUCACUAGAUGGAGGCAAUGAUGGUUCUUAAAACACAGAUGAAGUAUUUAUUUUCAUACAAAUGUUUAUCAGAUAUCUAUAUAGAAAUGCAUGAGGCAGAGAAGAGGGAUCCUUCUCAGAUGAGCAGCCAGAGCUUUGUUGGUGGGAGCCCAUAAUGAGUGAAAGCCACUAGGUUUGAAGCUACCAAGUAUCUGACCCUGCCUCCUUACCCUCCCUUUGCCUUUGGGGAAGGACCUGAAAAAGAUGGGCAAGAGACCUCAAGGCCGGGCUCCCACUCAGCUCGCUGGUCCUUCUGGCUCUGGUGUGCCAGCAGCCGCCAAGAGCAGCUGCUGCCACUGCCACAUGGCCCAUCAGCCCUAGAGCUCAUAUGUGUGACACUAAAGGAAAAAAUUACAAGAGUCCCCAAAUGUUUUUUGUGGGGGUUUAAUGUGCAGCUCUCAAGGGGAGAUUGGUGUUGUUGCUGUUUUUAAUUGGGACAUACAGAGUCUGUGGAGCUUUUAUUUUGCCCGUGCCAGCAUAGCCAUCCCUGGCUAAAGCCCAGCGUGGGGUGCUGCUGUGCUCUUCUGUGCUUGUGCUGUAUCCACCGUGUGCUUCUUAUCCACUUCCUUCUCCAGCUGACUGCAGGGAAGGGGUGUAGGGUAGGACUGGCUGCCAUGAGGGAACUGAAUGGGGCCCGUGGUGCCCUCCAUGCAGAAGGGUGACCUGCACCAGGUCUGUGACAUGUUCUUUUUAUUUUUUUUUAUUCCAGUAAAAAAUAUGCAAGCUAACAAACCCACAACAGGUUUGGUGCCUUUGGGGAUUUUUUUUUUUUUCUGAAGUUGUUGUUUCUGUUCAGGUCUUGCUGUCUGCUUGCUUAUGUUUUCCUUGGGGCCGCUGCCUGGACUUGGUUGCAAUGGCUCUGGCUGGUUUGCCCCCCCACCCCACCACCCCAGCCCUCUGGUUUGGUGCUGCUGGGAGUACCCUGCAGCCCUUGGCCCUGUCCAGCUGGCAGAGAGGAGGUUUUGCUGCUGCUUUUGUUGCUGAUGAUGUUUCCCCUUUGUUUCUCCCAUCAGCUUCCCAUGGCAGCCUGCAAUAACAGCUGCUGGCCCGUCCCAGAAGCCCUCAUGCUUUGGGCUGCACAUCUUCCCUUUCUGCCCCCCUCCCUGCAGCACUGCUGUGGUUGAGAGUAAAUAACUCAUUCUGACAUCAGGAGGGAAAAGCCAAGGGGAUCAAAGGAGCUGCUUUGUCCCUGGGGCCUACCAUGGUAUGGGGACAGUCCAAGGGCCACGAAUGGUGUGGGGCCAGUUGUAUCUCUGGCUGCCUUCCCAUCUCUGUUGCCACAAAGGGCACCCACAGCACCCCACAGGUUUUGCUGUCCUAGUGAUGCUGCACUGCAUGGGUGCUGGUCAAAAAUCAGCCUUUGGGUGAAGAAGAGUUUGGCAAAGAGACACUCACCUAUCCCCCAAAAGCUCUCCAGGAACUGUGUCCCAGUUCUGGCCAGUACCAUGCUGCCUCUUCACCCAGUGUCAUCACUGACUGAUUUUUUCCACUUCCAUUUGGACACCUGAGCCUCAAAUGCCCUUUACAGUGGCCCUUGAGCUAGAACUGUUCCUACCUGCCCUCUGAAGCAGAGGGGGAGGUGGUGCAGCCUGUACCCCAGUCUCCCAUCUUUGCCUGACAGCAUGGGUGUUAUGGUAACUCCAGUUAUGGGGUUCCAGGGGAGACCGGGGCUUGGGCACCUCACAGUGCAAUGCAAAAUGACCAAGUGGGGUGGAAGAAUUCCCGGUUGGGCUCACUCAUAGGAAAGGCAGCCCUGGAUGUUGCUUUCUUGGGCAAUCAAAGCUUGGCAAAGCAAAAGAGAGCACUGCCCUAGUGAGUCCUGCACACUCCCACCCCCUUCCACAGGCCUGUGGGGUCACUUCCCACCUCUUGCCCUGCUGGAAAGUUCCUGCCCAAAGAGAGCACACCUGCUCCUGACCUAAGGGCAAACACACAAGUUCCUGCUCUGGCUCUGGAUUGUCUUUGACUCCAGUGAUGGGACCAAGAGGAUUUUUGGGGAGUGUUGGGGCUCAUUGGGGCUCUUUGGGGCUUAUCUGCUGCCACUGCUGCACAGAAGUAUCCUGGUUCCCACAGGUUCGGAGGCUUAGAUCCCAGACCAAAGGGGGCCAAGCCAGAGAAAGCUGGGAUUAGUAAGAGGAGUGUGUGCAAGCAUCAGGAAUCUGUUACGGUACAGUACAGUGAGAAAUGGAAGUGUUUGCUAGAGAUACUGACCAAAGGUUUUAAGUUAGGAAGGAGGCAUUUGCAUUGGAGUUUGUUGCCUUUCGGGCAAUUACUGUGGUGUUGGUGUGAUCAGGACUCUUCUGGACAAGCUCAGACAAAACACAAAAAUCUGUGAUGCUUAUUUCCUCUGAUUCCAUGGCUGGGACUGCUGGACUGCUUUGUAGGUCACUUGUCGUCCCUGGCACGGAAGGAGUCAUUUAAAUGAGUCAUUUAAUAUACAUAGAUAAUUAACACCAUGAGUGAAUUUAUCACUCCCCUCUGCCUUCCCUUCACCCAGGAGGUCUGGGCUUUGCCCAGAAGUAGGUGGCCAGGGGCAGACCAGUCCCAAGGCCCCCAGGGCAUCCCUGCAGGUGGCUGGUGGGGUUUGCUCAUAUCUUUUGCCCCCCUACCAACAGCAGAUACCCUUGGUGCCUUUUCCACACUGCACAUGUGCCCUGGGGUGUAGUUUGAGCUUAGACAUGGAGUCUAAAGGCAUGAUGAGAGGUGGACGAGCUCAGCAGAUGCUCCCACUGCACUUAAAUGUAAGCACUCACCCAUGUCCCAGGCUGCACCAUUGCUGUUGCCAUGUACAUGGCAAGCUCAGUGGGAGCUGUGGCUAAAAGAACAAUCAUGAUCUACCUAGUACUCAUUGCUGGGCAUGCACUCAGAAAUCAGCCCAGUUUCAAGAAUACAAUAAAACCUUCACAGGCCUAGGAAGUACUUUGAAACGUGUGAAAUUUGGGUGAAUUAAAGAAAUAAACCCUUCAAACAGAUUUUUUUUUUUUAGGGUGUAAAUUGUGAAGUUACAAAUACUUUCCUAGGAAGAUGCCUCUGAUAUUGAAGAAAAUAAGCUUCCGUUACAAAAAUACUGGUUCCGUCCCAUGGGAAUUAUGAGUACAACCUGUAUGCAUGAAAAUGUAUAGGGGGAAUGUAGGGGGAAUAAAAUCUCAACACAAAAGCUUCAAAGGUAUUCUCAGAAAGUCCCCAUGGCACAUCCUUGGCAAUAAGGAUGUUCAUAUUGUAGACAGCACCUUUGUGUCUCUGUUAACACAAGGGGUGUCCAAAUAAGCUUUUCAAGCUACCAAAAGAGAUUGGAUUGCCUCCUCUUCUUAUGGAACAUCUUGGGCAGAAACUAAAAGCAAAGCCAAAUGCGGGGUUUCUGUUGGCAUUGCUAUUUUUUUUUCUUCUUGUUUCAUUGACAAGGGCAUAGAAAACAGGUCACUCCUAUCCUUAUGGUAAGAGGAUUUUGUAUGUGGCACAGUCCUUCAGGUGCUCCCCUUUUUCUUUUCCUAGCCUCUGAGAAGGGAUUGCUUCUACAGGAUUGAUGCCCAGUGGGUCUCACUUUGUGUUUGCACAUUCUCACAGCUGCCUCAUGGCAGGGUUAUCCCAUGCCUCUGCUGAAACUCAUCCUGUUGACUGGGAUUGUUUCUUCAAAUUAUCAACCACCCAUGUUCUACCCUCCAUAGGUGCUGACAGACACAUCCCCCAGGCCCCCCAGUACCCCACCCCACAAUGGGUAUCACCAAAACAAUUUCUAAAAGUUACUGCUGAAAAUACUGAAUAGAUCUGGACUCUGGACCGUAACUGGGAAGAUCUCCCCAGAAAGCUCUCUGACUUUGACAUUGAAUUCAACGUAUUGUGGAUGUAAAUAGGCUGCAGUUCCUCGGUUCACUUACGAGAAUGUCUUCUGGGACAGUGCCAGAAGCAUCUCCAAAGUCAAGACAUAUCACAUCCAGUGCUGUUCCCCCCUAGCCACGAGGCGAGUUAUCCUGUCAAAGAAUGGAAUCAAAUUAGUUUGAAAUGCUUUGUCCUUAGUGAAACCUCAACAAACCCUUUCCUGCCAUUUAUUUACAAAUUUAUAAAUCUUUAGAGGAUUAGAGAAUACCUGGUCAGUAGCUUGCUCCUUAAGGUUUUCACAGAGAGAUAUUAGGUCUGUGAUUCUCUAGGUUUUUCUUCAUCACCAGCUAGGUGAUGUUGCCAUGCUCUCUUUAAGCCCCCUGGCAGCUCACGUGUAGUCUGCAGUGCACCAGCACCCAUCCCACAUUUCGUAUUUUUUCUUCUCAUGCUUCAGGCUGUUGAAGAGCUCUUGAUCCACUUUAUUGAUCUCUACUUAUACUCCCUUCAUUUCUCUUGCAGCAGGAUAGUUUCUUAUUUGGACUAUGACUCCUUUUAUCAGUCCCCAGAUCCCUAUUAUCAUUUAGGACAUCUCUUCACAGAUCCUGCCUAUGAGUUUUCUGAAUUAAUUUAUACUUUAUGUUUUGGUUUUUUGGAGUCGAAGUACUUUAACUCAUUUUACCAAGGUCUGGUAUCCAAGUGCAUUUUGAGGAGAAAAAGCUUGCAGCAGAAAUCUCAACCCUUGUGUUAGCACCCACUGCAGAAGGCAAGGGUAGCCCAGGUUCUUGGUAAUAGAUCUCUUGGGGCAAACUGGAGUGAAAUGACACUGAGUGAGUGGUGUUCAUUAAUAGACACAUGCAGGGUUUAUUGUAGAACCAUUUGGUUGCAUUGUAAAACAGCCAUUUUUGUUAUUGUUAUGUAUAGCAAUAUGGCAAUACAAAAGCAUAAAAAUACUGCUUAAGAAAACGGGUAAGAAAGAGAAGGAAAGGAUAAGAGUAGAAAUGCCACCUGCAGGCCUCACAAUGAGACUUAGUUGUAGCAAUUUUCAUGUUUCUUGGUCAAAGUGAUAGUUGCAGAAUGGAUCCAUCGUGUGGUGGGGGAAUUCCCCGACAAGUGAGAAAUCCCCAAAAUACACUAUCUGCUGGGUUUAUAUUCACUCCAGUUCAGGUAGGAACACCCAGGAACCUCCCCUGAGGCAGGGAGUUUCAACUGGAUGAUGUAGUGUUGUGGAUCAAUUCAGGAGUCUUUGACACCUUCCAAGACAAUACACCUACCCAUAACAUCAGGAAGUUGAGUCCAUUAUGGCCCAUUAGGGCCCAUCAGCAGAGAUGAAAACCCUCAGGCUGUGUAUGAAUGUCCCAGAACUUCCCCAGCUGGGGAGUUAUCUCAGCUGAGUUCACUUGAGUAAGGACAAAGAGACAGUAUCCUCCUCACACGGUUUGCCUCUUUCCUUAUCAGAAAAGAGCUGACACAGCAUCUGGCUGAAGAGAGAGAGCUAUUUCUGACUUGGAUGUUCCCACUCUGAGCUGGCAGCUUGUCUCAGGAAGCU